UCUCCUGACCCGCAUUCACCCGUACUGUACAGGCGGGGGGGAGGACCGAGCACACAGCGCUAAUAAACGCCGUAGAGUUCCCGUGCAGACCGUGGCCAUGGCUCUGGCAGUCCCUGACAGACACGGCGCUCCCGUCUCCUCACACCUCACAGCGGACUGAACGGGGGGCUAACACCGGGAGAAGCGUUAGCUCCGCCGGCUGACACGGUUGUUAACCGGCUGGACUCGCGUCUAUCUCUGUUGGUUCUGCUUUUUAUUUUUCUCUUCACGUGUUAAUCCGGCUGUUGUUUCCUCACGAGGCUUUAUGUUGACGGCACAGGAGGCGGUUCUGUACCACAAGUCGAGCAUUGGAUGAGGGCAGCAUCAUCAUCUGCUUCAGUGGAGGACCGUCAGAUGAGUCUUUGUGGGGCCCGAGCUGCAGGUCAGGACACCCUGGGUUAAGAGUUUGCAGACCGGCUCAGGAACAUCUAUUUCAACAAAGACGCUCAUCCCCAAAACACCAUCUGAUGCUUGUGUCAUCGAGUCAGAACGUCCUCCGUCUUCUCAGCACCAGGUGAAGCCCCUGAUGACACCUACCGGUGCAUGUUAGGAGGCAGAGCGGAGCAUCGACUCCUUCAGAUGGACUCUGGGAAAAACCACCAGCAUUCUCUCUCAAAAAAGACAUAAGACAGAAGAAUCUAGUCGAGACUGAUACAACACUACUUUACCUCCCGCCGUCCUCUCCUCGUCCUCCGAUCCAAUCAGAGAUCACCUCCUCUGCUCUCUACCUCCCACAGAAAUAGAAAAGGAAGAAAACAAAACAAGUGAAAGCAAUUUAUUAGCCGUUCCUCUUCUUCUCUUCGUGCAACAUUUCUCCAUUUACCUCAGGGAUUCUCUCCCACUGCCUACCUCCUCCACCGAAACAGCCAACCCAGUGACUGGAACACAGAGCAAAAACACACCUGUGACCUCUCGCUGCUGUUACCAUGACAACCUGUAUUGCCUCUGAAGCUCUCUUCACUGCAACCGUGACGACCAGCAAUGACCUUGGACCUCUUACCACCUGCCAGCUCAGACCUGCUCACUGCCUAAAUCGUACUGAUCCACACUUGUAGCCUGGAGCUCGGGCUCGUUAUUACCGCAAGUAAAGUGUCAUAUUGCCAGAGCGGCAGCUACACACUCACAAUAGCCUCACACACCCUCUGUACAAUAAACCUGGCAGGAAACUAUAUACCUCAGCAGACUCUCAAGGACUUCUACUGAAGGGAACUUUUCAACAACAGCGUUCACUAUCCUGGUGCUUCAGUCCACACACAGCAGGAAACACAUGCUCACCAGCCUGGUGCUUCAAUCUACCCAGUAGACGACUCACUUCAGCAUCUUCCAUUUGCCUUAGAGGCAGGAGUAUAGCAACAGUAGCCAGGGAGGCCUCCAGAGAAGCAGAGAGAGACUCAGGAGUCCUGCCUGGCAGGCAUCUUCAUUUCAUAUGCUUCUCAGCAAAGUCACAUCAUACACACGCCUCCCCAUCUAAGCAGUAGCAUAAAUCAGCAAUUGCCCAAGAGGCCUUCGGAGAUCACAGAAGAGACUCAGAAGCACCCCCUGCCUUGAGCUUCACCCUGUGACGCCUCCAGAGAAGUAAAGCUACCCACGGAGCGGCACAAGCUCUGGGGAGCCUCAGCGGCUUUUCUGACUCUGGAGGGAAGUCGCACAGAAUAAAGAAGUCCCAGGCAGAUUUAACUCAGCGCACUAUGAGCCUUGGAAAGUUAGAAGAGUAAACACGGAGAUCCGUGAAGAAUGCAGCGCUCUCUUUUGCUUCCACUGAUGUCCCGCCCACCGUGCUCCUCCCAGCCAAUCGCUGCGCAGAUCCUCAGAUGGCUGUCUGUUGAAGGGCCCGCCGGCGAAUGCUGAGCAGGCUGGCGAGGUCGAGGUCCGCCUCAUUGUCCUGUGACUGGCUGCUGGAUGGGACUGAGGCUACAUGGAGCCAAUGUCCAACAAGCAGGAUAGCAACUCAUCAGAGGGAGACGAGAAAGGGUGGCCAGAUGUGCCGAAGAGAAAGAGUAAGAACGGCCAGUGUUCGGGGAAGAGCGUGUCUGCUCUUAGUGUCUCUGUUCCAGGGUACAUCCCCAGCUACCUGGAGAAAGACGAGCCGUGCGUGGUGUGCGGGGACAAGGCGACCGGCUACCACUACCGCUGCAUCACCUGCGAGGGUUGCAAGGGUUUCUUCCGCAGAACGAUCCAGAAGAACCUCCAUCCAGCGUACUCCUGUAAAUAUGAAGGCUGCUGCAUCAUCGACAAGAUCACGCGCAACCAGUGCCAGCUGUGCCGCUUCAAGAAGUGCAUCUCAGUGGGCAUGGCCAUGGACUUGGUGUUGGACGACUCGAAGCGCGUGGCCAAGCGGCGUCUGAUCGAGGAAAAUCGGCAGAAGAGGAAGAGGGAGGAGAUGGUGCGGACGCUGCAGACGAGGCCAGAGCCAACCACGGCAGAGUGGGAGCUGAUCAGGAUGGCGACCGAGGCCCACCGGCACACCAACGCCCAGGGCUCCAGCUGGAAACAGAAACGCAAGUUCCUGUCGGAUGAUAUCGGCCAGGGCCCGAUGGUGUCCACGUCUGACGGGGACAAAGUGGACCUGGAAGCCUUCAGCGAGUUCACCAAGAUCAUGACCCCCGCCAUCACGCGCGUCGUUGACUUUGCCAAGAAGUUGCCCAUGUUCUCGGAGCUGCCGUGUGAAGACCAGAUCAUCUUGCUGAAAGGCUGCUGCAUGGAGAUCAUGUCGCUGCGCGCCGCCGUACGCUACGACCCGGAAAGCGAGACGCUGACGCUCAACGGCGAGAUGGCCGUGAAACGCGAGCAGCUGAAGAACGGCGGGUUGGGAGUGGUGUCGGACGCCAUCUUUGAUUUGGGCAAGAGCCUGGCUCAGUUCAACUUGGAUGACUCGGAGGUGGCGCUGAUGCAGGUCGUGCUGCUCAUGAGCUCAGACCGCUCGGGGCUGACCAGUGUGGAGAAGAUCGAGCAGUGCCAAGAGGCCUACCUGCUGGCGUUCGAGCACUACAUCAACUACCGCAAGCACAACAUUCCCCACUUCUGGCCCAAGCUGCUGAUGAAGGUGACGGACCUGCGCAUGAUCGGAGCUUGCCACGCCAGCCGCUUCCUCCAUAUGAAGGUGGAGUGUCCCAACGAACUCUUCCCCCCGCUCUUCCUGGAGGUCUUUGCGGACCAGGACGUGUGACUUAAAGGACGCUGACACCAAGGCACCCCCUCAAAGAACCCUGGACUCGGAUCUAAUUAAUAAAUUUGGGGAGGCUUUGGGGGAAGAGGAAGUGAGGAGGAAGAACAAGAGAAGAAAAACUGGAUUUUUUUUUUUCUUCAGUGGGAACGUGCCCUGUAAACUUUGUUUUUUGUCCCGUUUUUUCUCAAGACCCACCACCUGCCACCAGCAAACACACACCGACUUCACCAGAGAAACACACUGUCAGUCUGAGAGGUACACACACACAGAGCUAUAUAAAGAGUCACAGGUAUUCACACAGAUCCAGACACACUGCCAUGAGCGUACAGUGCAAACAUAUGCAAACACAAACCUCACCUGUUAACUCCAGUUGCACCUGUAUGGACAAACAGCUGUACUCUACACUACUGCAAACUCCCUCCAGCACCCACCUCAACAAAGUGUCGUUUUGUUUUUAUCUCUGGGACCUGACCACUAGCUCCUCAGACGACCCCCCGCCCCUGUCAUCUCCCACACAUGGCGUCCUCCGUCUGCCCGUGCAGCCCAGCCCACAGCCCACAGCCCACCGAGGCCCCGUGAGUGUUUGUCAACCUACCUCCCCCACGUACUGACCUCUCCGUCUCUCUCACGUCCACACAGAGGCACAAAACACACCCCGACGCUCUUACCUCAUGUCCUGAAAUGUAUUUCCACAUUUAUUGGUAGUCUGUUGAGAAAGCCAUGCAGUCUUCAGUCUCUAGUGUUAGGAGAAGUAACAGUGGGAACACUUUGUAUGAAGCUCUUACCUACAAUGAGUCAUUUACACAAAACACCUGUCAGACAAAACUAUAGGCUCUCUCCUCGGCCCUUGUUGUGUCUAUUUCUCUGGUGUCCACUGCAAAUCAAUAGCGAAGCAGCAGGCAGAUAUUUGUUAUUUGGGUAGGUGUUUGGUUUUCAAUUUUUGACUCCCCGCCAAAUCAGCAAACUUUCUGUUGCUGCCGUUACACAGGUUAUACACAGCAGUCAAUGUCCGUCUCUGGAGCUGCUCCCCUCCUGGCAAACAAUCAGUUUAGUGUUUGCCUGGUUAGCACGAGCUAACGGAUGCAAAUUUUCACCUCACGUUAGUCAUGCAAGUUCACGCUAGAAUAUUUUGUGUUGACUUGCUACAUACGUGCAAAUAACUCGCAUCAUACGCACAUAAAAUUGCUGAAUCGAUAAAUUAACUUCCACUGGUGCGUCCUCAGCGUCAAUAUUGAUUGGCUAUCUUGGUGCAAACUGGUUGCUGAAAUUCCGAUUGUUCAACGCGUAUGACGGGAAACCGCACUACUUGCGUAAUUUGCGUAUUUUGCGUCAUGGUGCUCCAGCCCUUGCUCUGUCCAAAAUGUGGACUACAAAUUGUGGGUUUGCAGGUUCGUUGUUUCCCCCUGCUGCCAGUCUUUGUGCUAACUUAAGCACGUCCUCGGAGGAUGAAUUGUAAUCUCUUUCAUCAGGUCAGAAUUUCACUUUCUGCAAUACUAUUUUGAAUAUCUUCAACGCUAUCAUGCUAACAUGCUAACAAAGCAAGCACUACUAGCUGCCAUGAUUAAUAUUUUCCUAUUAACAGCAGAUUAAUAACACAUUUCGCCUUUUCAUGCAAAAAGGGUCGAGACCAGAGCUCAGAUAAUAAAGUGAAUUACAGCUACAGGCUUCAUACAAAGUGUUUCCACUGCUUUUAUUUUACAGUGUAACAAAUACAAACUUACUUCAUAACAAAUGACAACACAUGACUUGAAAUACUGCAUCCUGUUACUCAUUAACACUGAGAGAUACUCUAUAGUACUCACACACCGUGUAUCAGUAUAUGCUGUGUGUGUGUAUAUAUACAUAUAUAUAUAUAUAUAAAUAUAUCGCUAGGAUACCUCUCCGACACAUACCUCCUGUCUUCAUUACCUCACACAUAUUACACCCAGUUGUUUUUUGACGUAUUACCUCAGUUGUUUUGUUGCUCAUCUCUCCCUCCUCCGAAAUAACCACUGGGCUGCACCUCACUUCCUGUCUCUCUGUGUACGUAUGCGUCCUCUCAUCGGAGCCCUCUUAAUCACACCGUAGCCCCGCCUCCUCACCUCCCUGCCAGGUUCAGGGCGAUGGUGGCGGCGGCGGGAGAGGAUGCCGUCACUAACCUCUGCAGGCCUCCCCCCGUCACCCGUACCUGUUUCAAGUCCCGCCUGUAACCGACAGAUUCUACCUCACCUCUCAUCUCAGUGCAGCUGCCCGUCUGUCUGCAACACACCGACAUGCACACAUAUAUAAAUAUAGAUAUUUAUAUAUAUGUACACACGAAUUGCCAACAUGGACUCGUUGACUCCUCCAGCAGCAGGUCUUUAAAACGGGAUCAACAUCUGACAGCUGACACACAGACUUCCUCCCAUUUUUCAUCCUGAUCACACACCACGAGGGACCAACAGUCACUUUGGAUUCUGUUUUUAUUCAGGAACCUGAAAUGACAACGAGGGCAGGGGUGAAUUUGUGACGUCACAGCGUGCCGAUUAAAGGAAACUGUCGUGGGACAACGACAGCUGGAAGCUGGGACUCCAGUGGAAGCCAUUUUGGCCCGAUGGGUCAGGCCAACGGACUACUGUGGGUGGUGACUGGGAGAUACACAAACAGCAAGUGAGUCAGCAGCAGUAUUCGCCUGUGGAUAUGGUUUCAUCCCGGCCGAGGGGAGGGAAACGGCGAGCGAGCGACUGUGGUGCGCAGCGUUGUGACUCAGGCCAAGCCAACAGCAAACCGCCACACGAAAAAAAAACGGACCCUUGUUCUCGCGCAUUCAGUCCAUCUCCAGAUCCUUCCCUCGCCGUCGCAGCAGAAAUGGACGCAGAGACUUUCUGAGCGACUGUCCUAUCCCAGAAACUUACAAUAUGAAUUAAACACUGCUGAAAUAAGCUCCACCAACCAUAUCCCAAAUGCCAUCCACUACAAGUAACUAUCAGGUUUUUUUCUGUUGCACUAAAACCACAAUGUCUGUAUCCCUUAGUAGCCCUGAACCCCUUCUUAAACCCUGCCCCCCACAUCUUUCCUGUUCCCGCCUGUCUUAACAAUACUCUCUAAACACAAGAACACACACUCUCCGUUAUCUCAUCUCUGUUGAAACCAAGAAGGACUGUGACAUGGCCUUCAGGCGCCGCCGCUCUCAGUGUUACCGCUCUACGUUGCAGGGUAUUAAAAUAGAACCAUAAGCACUGAUUAUACAGGGAUACACACACACUCGCAGCAGCAGCAUACACACACAUACACACACAGCAAUAGGAUGAUCAAGCAGUACAGUUUCACGCCCGCCACCUCCAGGCCUGCUGUGUUUUGUACCGUACUUUGCUCACUAUCACUGUGAAUGAAAGCCAUGCUGCAACCGGGUCAUGGCUCAGACAGGGAACCGCUGGCUUAGUAAUCCUGACAUGUUAAUGUGCCUCCCUGAGGUCGGUAAUACAAAUAUACAUUAUACAGUAUACAGAAGCAUAUAUUUAUAGACAUAGAUAUAUAUAGAAAUGUUGCAGUUAUUGUUUGUGGCAUUAGAGCUAUCAGCGGCUGAGUUUACGCUGCCAGCUCAAAUCAGAUCCGUCAUCCGUCUGACCAGUCAUGUAGCAGAAGGUGUCAGUUUACCCAGCUGUAUUAAUAUCUGUACAAUAAUAUUUAUGCAUUGUUUGCAGUUGACGUCAUAUUGCAUUAUAAUGCUUGUUUGCCUUGUGGAGACCACCAACUAACCUUCAAAGUUUACCCACCUUUUGCAUACCUCUGAGUCACUUCAUAUAGCACAAGAAGUACCUUAAGCAGAAACACAUCGCUCACUUUUCCCUGCUCCGGGAGAACAAACAUGAGAUCAGGUCCACAGAGCUCCAUGAACUGAGAUCUAAGAUUUGAGCUGGCAGCACAGCUGCUCCGUCUGUCUGUCUGUCUCUCUCUCUCUCUCUCUUUCUAUCUUUCAGCCAAAUGAUCACUGGAGAAAUCCUCCCCGCCCCGUCCUCUUAAGACAACCACACCAGCACCACAGAGCACACUGCCUUCAGCCAUGAUCAGUUGCACCAGCAUAGCAGAGAGACAGACCAGUAGUCAGUCACCAUCCUCCUCACCAAAAAGCCAUUUUUACCUGGAGAUCACUGCUCGCUGUGAUACUGCUAUGUUCAGACAGCAGGCAAAUCCAAUCAGUGCUUUUAAUCCGAUCUCUUCAUGGUGUUUUAACUGACUCGAUUGAAUUUGGGACAGCGUAUUAAUUUGCAACCUGGCAACACGUUUUCCGCAUGACCGACAACUCGAGAUGCUUCAACAAACCUUUGACACGGAGAGCUCCUUCUAACUUUUACAGCUUCAUAACCCUCCAUGCAUUCAUGAGAGAAGCCAUUCUUCUACUCUAACGAGGAAUAUCUAAAGCCAACAUAAAAAAAAAAAAAAAGGAUUUGCUCUGUGUGUUUGAACACGGCCUCGUGGUGGUACAUGAGGCAAUUUUGCAGGCAAAGCUGGAUGGAAAUGCCUCCCAUCUAUAACAGCCGCAGGAAGUGAGCCCAGCAUUGAAGCAACUUUUAGUAGUGGCCAAACAGUUGUAGUGCAACUCCCAGGCUCCGUCACGUGAUGGCAUUGGGCCCAAAAAGACUCACAGCAAGAGGGUUCCUGGUUAGCAACCUGGCGUGGGGGAGCCCUUCUCUGUGAAGUUUGCAUGUUUUCUCAUGUCAGCGUGGGUUUCCUCCAGGUGCUCCGGUUUCCUCCAACAGUCCAAAGACAUGCAGGUUGAUUGGUGACUUUAAAUUGGUUGUAGGUGUGAAUGUGUCAGGCUCCAGUCCCUCCGCGAAGUGGUUACAGGAAAUUAAUGAAUGAAAUAGACGUGACAAAAAUGUCAAUGGUGGACUUUGGAACAUUCAAAGCUGAGAAUAGCCAUGCCUGCAGUUACCUUCAAAUGCUGCAUGAGCGACAGGCUGGUGAACUCCAGUAGUCUAGGAUAAGCACGUACGGAAAUGAAUGAAUGAAGUUAGCUGACUGAUGAGCUGGAAGUAGCCAGCUGUAACGCGCCUGCUCUCUGGGCCCAAUGAUACGGAAGCAGCGCUCAUCAUCUGCGUAAUUUCCAAUCACAGAAAAAGAGCUUUUUUGGCUUCAUGCGCCACUGAGCAAAUUUUGUAGGAGUGAACAAGGCCCCGCCUCGUACAUGGUAUCCAGGUCUCUUAACACAUCGAUGGUUGAGGCCCAUCAGUUGCCUCAAAAGUUGCCUGCACACCCUGUACCACUUUCCACCCCCUACCUGAGCUGCAAAAGUCUCCGUCUUUUCUGCACCGUGACCACAGAAUUGUGUUUUCUCUUUCUCUCUCUCUCUCUAACUGUCUCUUAGAUUAAACUUAGGGGUUAAGUUUUAUGUUGCGUUUACAAUAAACUAAAAUGUGAACUUGAUGCUCUGAAGCUCUGCUGCUGCAGCAUAGCACAAAACUAUAACAACCACUCUGAAGCAGUUCAAAACUCAUGCAACUCCUUUUCCACAAAUACUUCUACUACUUUUAUUACUUACCCAGGGAAACAUCUGUAAGUCAACAGCAUCCUCUCUCUCUCUUCCUCGCAUCUUUUCCCGUCCUUACACCUCCAUUCCGUCCCUUCCCCGACGUUCCCAUUCUCCUUCCUGUUAUUUUCAAUCCUUGCCCCAAUUUACGACCCCGUCCCCUAUUUAUUUCACUCUGUCCUCUUGGUAUGCACCUCCCUCCUCCCUCCCCACAAACACUCACAGAAACCUACCCCAACUCAUACUAGCACUCUUUGGUGGAGAUAGUCGACAAUCCCUGCAGGAAUAUGUCCACAUGUGGAAUGUAAAAUACUGAAAUUGUACGAUUAAAGACACGGUGUGAAGUUCCACACUCAUGUUGAUUUUGAUGUUGUUGAUGUUGCUUUCGUUGUGCACCAAGUGUUCGUUGCUCUGCUUAUUCUAGAGUGGAUGAGUUUGCCAGCGGGGUUAAAACCUUGAUCGUGUGACAGACUGCUACUGAUAAGUCCUUUUACUUUAAUAUAGUAUGUUUAUAAAAGACUUGUGGUGUGAGGACAAAUGAAGUGACUUUGUUUUGAAAAUAGAGAAAAAAAGAUGUUUUUUUCUCUCUGAUUAUUCUUUAAUGCCGUUAUUAAUUUGCAUCUGAUUUAUCUUGGUAAGUGAAUGUCUGUCUAUCUGUGUUGAUGCUUUACUGUGAUAAAAAUGGCUGUAUAUGCACUUUCAGACCAUCGUUGGUGCAGUGGUAGCUAGUGCUCAAAUGUCACCCAAGGGCCAGGGUUCAAAUCACCUUCAGUUUAGCUGAAAAAUGAGUCUGCAUAGAUCUGUGAUACAGCCUGCUGUUCAAUUUUUAGGAUAUGUCAUCAGAUUUAGCAUUUAAACUAUUUAGUUGCCUUAUCCUGGUGUUAUGAUCUGCAACCAGAUGUGCUACACAUUCAUAAUAACACCAUGAAAUUAUUUAUAAGGAAUAGGCCCAUUGGUCACACGGGAUCUCUAGCACUUCAGUGUAUAAUUUGAGGUGUCUUGCAUUAUUCAGAGUUUAAUCUUUUAGUGUCACAAAUGUGGCAGCAGUUUGCAUUCAUACUGUGGAUUUUUCAGAAAUUAUCAACAACAACAAAAAAAAUCUUUGAAAAAAGUUUUGAAGUCUGUAUUUGGGUUUUCCCGCCUUUUUUGAUAGCUUCCAUUACUGCAACCUGUUGCAGGCUAAUACUUCCUUUUGGGUCAUAAAAUUAUUAUUAAUUAUUAUAAUUAAUUAUUAAAAACAUAUACCUUUUUUCUCAAAGAAACAAGAAUUUUCUCAAAUCUAACUUCUAUCUGCCAUCAGAGGAGCCGUAGCUAACAGCUAACUAGCUAGCUGCUUGGAUAUCUUGGCAACUUGUGACUUGUGUCAUUUAAGUAUAACCUUUUAGUGACAUAAACAUGGCAUUAGUUUCAAUUUAAAGUGUAGAUUUUUCAGAAAUUACCUAAAACUGAAAUGUAGGCUUCAAACAGUUUUGAAGCCUACAUUUCAGUUUUCCCGCCGUUUUUGUUAGCUUCCGCCAACGCUUCCUGUGAGAGGCCAAUACACUGGAAACUCCUUCUGGGUCCUACAAUUGUAUUAAAGGAGCCAAAAUUUAACUAUAAUGAUACUUUUUCUUAAUAAUAAUGCUUUUUUUUACUGUUUCUCUGAUAAACAAGAUUUUUCUGAAAUCUAUCUUCUAUCUGCCAUUAGAGGACUCAUAGCUAACAGCUAACUAGCUAGCUGCUGGGAUUUCUUGGCAACUUGUAAACAGAACAAAUUAUUCUUACUAUCACAAAGCGUUUAAUGUCAGUUCAGCCUCAGUGCCCAUUGGUUUUGGUGUAAUGAUUAAUUGUAACAGAUUUGGAACUGCAAUUGAAUUUUCAAUUUGAGUAAUUAGCAUUUCUACAGCCAAGCUUUCUACACACAAUUUAACAAGCACUUACUUGCUGAUGGUGUCUAAAAGAUGAGGUGACUUGCGUUAUUCAAAGUAUAACAGUUUAGUGACAUAAACAUAGCAGUGGUUUUAACUUCAGAAACUGCCUAAAACAAAUCCUCAAGUUUUGAAGCCUACAUUUGAGUUUUCCCGCCUUUUUUGUUAGCUUUUACCACCACUACCUUAUCAAACUUUUUCUCCAAGAAAAAAGAAUUUUCUUAAGUCUGGCAUCUAUCUGCCAUUAGAGGAGCUGAAGCUAACAGCUAACUAGCUAGCUGCUGGGAGAUUCUGGCCGCUUGUAAACCAAACAAAUUACUCUCACUGUCAAGUAGAGAUUACCGUCAAGUCUAGGCUCAGGGCCUCUUGGUUUUGGCCUAACGAUUAGUUGUAACUUAAUUAGGAACUGAAACUGUGUUUUCUCAAACACUCCCACGCUCGAGUUAUUAACAUUUCUACGGCAAAGUUUUCUGCACACAACUAACAAGCAGUUGACGUAUUGUUUCCCAAACCUUUAGCAUUCACAUUGCUUAGCUUUAACACCUGUCUCUGUUCCCGCUCUCAUGUUGUGCACCAAUGGGCCAAAAUCCCAUAAAAUGGGAUGUAUUUCCUCUAAAAACAAAACCUCAAGCUAACCUCACAGGUCAAUAGAUCUGAAGUACAGUUUCACCUAAUAUUUUUACAGUAUAUUUGUUUUUCUUAGGGACUGUACAAAAGUUAUUGGCAUGAGGUUAAACAUUAUAUUUCAUGUCUUGCUUACCUCACACGACAACACAUUUUGAGUACAGUGUCACUAAAUACUUUAAUUACUUGUUUUCCUGGGGGACUGUAUGUAAAUUAUUGGUGUUCUUUUUAGCAAAAAUAAAAAUGACAUGACCCUCCCUCCCUGAUAAUUUUCAGACAGUCCCUUACAGCUCAUUAUGGAUGCAUAUAGUAUUGUUUCUACUUCCAGUACAAUUAAUAGGGUACUUUGGGGGAAAUGUUUAAUAAGUUUAUUGUAAACCAAGGUUUUGCCAAAUUCAUCGUCCAAUUAGUUGAACUGAAAGUGAAUGAACCUGAAUCCUGCUUUCCACAGUUGCUUGGGCUGUAUCACUUGCUAAGUUGGGCGUUUGCUCGUACUCCUGAUCUGGGUCAGUAAAAAUAAUAAAAAAUAUCACCAACGUCCUGUUCUUAGCCUUUAGAUUGCUCAAAAUCUUGCGAUGUAUGAAUCUGCCGUAUAUUAAUCUUGAUGUUGUGACAAGAAUAUUGCUUUUCAUGGUAAAAACAGUCUCACCAUACAAAGAGGAAAGAAACAAAAAAAUAUCACAAAAUAGAAACCAAAAAAAAAAAUCGAGAUUUAUACAACUGUUCAUACCUCAUUGUACUGCUUUGUGCCAGAGUAAAGGAGAUGGAGUGAUCAGUCUCAAGCAAGGAGAAUCACCAGUGGUUGGCAAAAUAUGGAACAGGACCCAGCAGUGGUCUCAGGAAGAUUAAAAUGUGGCCCCAAAUUUUUUUGAAUAAAAAUUGGCAGCUUUAAUAGUUUUUGUCGGGACAGUUUAGCUCCCGAAAUGUAAGCUCGUGUGAAAAAAGAAAACACUCAAAAUGUGUUGUAGAGGGCGAGUGGAUCUGCUAAAAAUGCUUACAGGAUCUGUUCAGGUUGUACAAUACAUCAUUGUAACAAUGUUGUGGCUCUAGAUAAAAACAUGUUUGAAAAUUACUGCACUUUGUUAUGUCUAUAAGAAAUUGAUAGCAUGAAAUAUGAAGCCAUGCUUUGAGUAUUUAUCAUCAGCUGGCAGAUAUAUAUUCCAUCUCUACGUGUGUUCUGCCCCGACAAACCAAGAGAGGACUGAUGCAUCAUCAGGACAAGAGUUGGGGUGCAUUGAGUAGUUUGGCCAAGUGAAACAUUUAAAUCCAGAUUACAGUUUUGAACAUCAUCAGCAAUGGCAAAGAAAUCAAAAAUGGUGCUCCUGCCCCCGAGGAAAGCUUCGAAGAGAGAUGUUCUCUUCUUCAGGCCUUCAGAUCUCAAGUGCAAAUAUGCAAUUACACAUGUGUACUUUAAUACAGGCCAAGUAAUUGUGCCUUCAACAAGAAAAGUUUAGGACCCCACGUCCCAAACUGCUAAUCCCAUGAUGAAAAUGUCCUCUCUUGUUUUUUGGUUCCUUGCUCCCUGCAGCUCCCCUUCACAGUGACUUUAUGCAGUAGCACACAACCCUGCAGCCCGAAUCAGCGUAUCUGAGCGACAUGAUGUGAGGCCCUCCGCACGCAGUAGGCUUUUUCCCGUUUGCAAAGCAGCCAUAAUUUUUUGGCACAGCACAGUGUUGAAUGUAAAGCUGAAUGAGGUUGAAGCACCCCGGACGAGAGUUUGAUGGUGUAUUUUAUAAUGCUGGUCGUGGGUUUGUAAUGGGCACGGUUGUUGUUUGUCUUGUUUUCUGUGACAAAUCAUUCAUGGCACAAUCAGAGAAUGGCAUCUCAAUGGCUCAAAGCUGUUCGUGUUUGUGGCUAUGUGACAUUCAUUUUCAACAUUAUAAAAUUAUUUGAUAUCAA